AAAAAAAAAAAAUAGGAGGCCCUGGGAGAUGUUGACCCAGCAGGGCGUGGCGCUGCAGAAAUACAACAACAAGCUGGUCAGAUGCGUAGAGGAGCUAUGCCAGAAGCAGGAGGAACUGUGCCGGCAGAUCCAGCAGGAGGAGGACGAGAAGCAGCGGCUGCAGAAUGAGGUGAGGCAGCUGGCAGAAAAGCUGGCCUGCAUCAGUGAGAACCUGACAUGCAAGACUGCCUCUCUCAGUAAGUUCUACCAGACCAUCGCGGAGACGGAGGCCACCUACCUCAAGAUGCUGGAGAGCUCCCAGACUUUGCUCAGUGUCCUGAAGAGGGAAGCUGGGAACCUGACCAAGGCUACAGCCUCAGACCACAAAAGUAGCGGUGACAGGGACAGCUGACCAGACCAGCUGACCUGCCUCCGUGUGCCUCUCAACUCAGCCCCAGCAAGUCUGUCCACAGAGUGUCUUCUUCAUGGCAGCAGCCCUCUUCUUUCACUGUCUCAGGUGCCAAGAGGGGCAGCUGCCCACCUCCACUGGCAACAGUGACAAGCCUGGGGCACAGCCUGUGGGUCCUGGCUUCUGCUCACACAGGCUGUGGGGAUGGUGGGCUCUAGGUCAGCUCUGCAAGGGGCCUGUCUCUGCAGCACCCACACUCCUGGGCUGCCAGGGAGGCCCUGGUUAGUCUGAACACCCUGGGCGUCCUCUCACCUUGUGCCUCCUCAGCCAGCAGAGGCCCAGGGCAGGGUCAAGGGUUCUGCUUCAUUCCAGAACCCAAUCCCAGAAGCCACAGGCUUGCCCCUGUGGCCUGUGAUGUCAAUAAACAUUAUCUUAGGCUGGGUGCAGUGGCUCACGCCUGUUAUCCCAGCACUUUGGGAGGCCGAGACGGGCGGA